CCCAGACAGACGCACGGGGGACGCGGGGAGGAGCGGACCGGGCAUGCAGUCAUGACUCGUUUCGGCUCUUCGUCCGACUGAGGCGCGGGCGUCCGUCCGUCCGUCCGUCCGGCCAUGUCCCGCUGCGCGCUCUUGCUGUGCCUCUUCACGCUGGCCGUGCACCGCUCGCGCUGCUGGGGCGCCAAGCCGCUGCAGUGCCAGGAGAUCUCGGUGCCCAUGUGCAAGGGCAUCGGCUACAACCUCACGUAUAUGCCCAACCAGUUCCACCACGACACGCAGGACGAGGCUGGGCUGGAGGUGCACCAGUUCCUGGCGCUGGUGGAGAUCAAGUGCUCGGCUGACCUGCGCUUUUUCCUGUGCAGCAUGUACACGCCCAUUUGCCUGGAGGACUACAAGAAGCCGCUGCCGCCGUGCCGGAGCGUGUGCGAGCGGGCGCGAGCCGGCUGCGCGCCACUCAUGCGGCAGUUUGGCUUCCCGUGGCCCGACCGCAUGAGGUGCGAGCUGCUUCCGGAGCAGGGCCAGCAGGACUUGCUGUGCAUGGACUACAAGCAGGACCCGCGUCGGGUCGCUGUCGCAGCUGCCACCAGUGUCGUGCCACCCACCAAGCGCCCGCCGCUCAAGCCCUGGAAGAAGGCGGUCUACAAGCACCCGCACAAGCCACCCCCGGUGGCGCAUCACGAGGGGGCGCCCCCUGCUCCUAAAUGCCCGCCGCCGGCUGACUGCGUGGCCGCGUCCGCGUCCUGCCACAGCCCCUUCUUCAGCGCCGAGGAGCGCGCCUUCACCGGCUUCUGGAUCGGCCUGUGGGCGGCGCUGUGUUUCGCGUCCACGCUGACCACCGUGGCCACCUUCCUGGUGGACAUGGAGCGUUUCAAGUACCCCGAGCGGCCCAUCAUCUUCCUGGCCGCCUGCUACCUGUGCGUGUCGGCCGGCUACCUGCUGCGGCUGGCGGCGGGCCACGAGAAAGUGGCGUGCACGCGCCAGCACGGCGUCGAUCACUCACAGCAGGCCAGCGUUGGCCCCGCGCUAUGCACGCUGGUCUUCCUCCUGGUCUACUUCUUCGGUAUGGCUGCGUCCAUCUGGUGGGUCAUCCUGUCUCUGGCCUGGUUCCUGGCCGCCGCGCUCAAGUGGGGCAACGAGGCCAUCGCGGGCUACGCGUCCUACUUCCACCUGGCCGCCUGGCUCCUCCCCAGCACGAAAACCAUCGCAGCGCUGGCGCUGGGCUCCGUGGACGGGGACCCGGUGGCGGGCAUCUGCUACGUGGGCAACCGGAACUUGGACAACCUGCGCGGCUUCGUCCUGGCUCCCAUGCUGGUCUACCUACUCGUGGGCUCCAUGUUCUUGCUGGCCGGCUUCGUGUCUCUCUUCCGCAUCCGCCGCGUCAUCCGGCGCCAGGGCGGCGGCGGCGUGGCCAAGGCGGACAAGCUGCAGCGGCUCAUGGUUCGAAUCGGGGUGUUCACAGUACUCUAUACGGUACCGGCUGCCGUCAUCGCGGUGUGCUACUUUUACGAGGCGCACAACCGGCAAGCGUGGGAAGCGGGCUACAAAUGCGGGUGCCCCCCCUCCGUGGCGGACGGCCCCCCGCGGCCGGACUACGCCGUGUUCAUGCUCAAGUACUUCAUGGGGCUUCUGGGAGGCAUCGCGUCGGGCGUGUGGGUGUGGUCCGGGAAGACCCUGGACUCGUGGAGGACGUGGUGCACACGAUGCUGCUGGAGGAGCAAGACGUCCUCGGCGGGAGGGGGGUCCAUGUACAGUGACGUCAGCACCGGCCUCACCUGGAGGUCCGGGACCGGGAGCUCCGUUUCCUUCCCCAAGCAGGUGCCUCUGUCCCGAGUGUGACGGGGUGCAAGGACGCGCGCCGCUAGACCAUGGAGCUUUGUUUGUUUGUUUUGUUUUUGUUUUGUCUGAGGGGGAGGCGGGGCACCUCCCUGCAAGUUCAUCCAGAUGACGUCAUCGGGGUUACUCUGGUUCACGUUGCCUUAAAACGGACUCAUUACGGGUUUGCAUAAAUGAGGGUAUUUAUCUAAUUAUUUUGUACAGAUCCUGUAAUUAUGUAUAAUUGUCACUUUGAUAGAAGAGUCUAUUUUGAAUAAAUAAAAAAACAUUUUUAUGAUCCACUGA